AUGUUCCCCGACGCCGACGUUGCCACCCUGCAAGCUGCCCUGGCCGCGAACGACGGCUCCGUCGAGCGCACGGUCGACUCGCUCCUUUCCACGCACUCUUCCUCGCCGCGCUCGCGCCAAGUCGAGCAAGAUGCCGCGCUAGCCCGCAGUCUACAAGCCGAGCAAACCCUCCCGUCGCAGCCCGCCGCCGACCCGCCGCACCACCAACCACGCGCCCCAGACGCCUUUGAGCUCCCCUCCCUCGCCGACCUGCAGAACGCCGUCAAGCCUCUCGUCGACGGCGUCGCCUACGCUGGCCGCGUCGCCGCGGACGGCGUCUCCGCCCUCUACAGAGACUUUGUCGCCCCCGACGUCCCCACCGCCUCGCACCACUCCCCCGCCCACUACUCCGCAAGACGUGCCCAGGACGAUACCGUCGUGCUGCGCGGCGAGGCCACCUCUUCUCCCGCCGCGCGCAGCACGAGGCUGAGAAGGGCCUCGCACCCCGCCUCCUCCGUCUCCUCUGCCGAUAAGAAGGACUCUUGA